AUGGCUGAAAUAGACACCGACGACGACCGCUCUGUCGAGUUGUCCUCCAUUGUGGCCAUCUUCCCGGAAACUCAAAUUGAUCCCGCAUCUCCGUUCAAAGCUAUAUUAGAAUUGCCGGUUGCGCCGUCACAGCCGACUCCAGUCUGUUUCCAGGCUAACGAUCCCACACCGAGCGCUACUCUCACCCCACCGACCUCCUUAGAUGAAUCGAAGCGAGAAUUUGACGAGCCGGUUAAAGACGUACACAUACUUUCGCAUUUGCCGCCGUUGAAACUUGAAAUAGAAUUGCCAGGAGGAUAUCCCGCCGAAAGAUCGCCAAUAAUUCAUCUCACUACCUCCCCUUCCUGGCUGCCUCGCUCGGUGAUCGAUCAACUACGGGAUGACUGCACUCGACUGUGGGAAGAAUGUGGCAACGACUUGGUUGUCUUCACAUACAUAGAUCAUCUUCAGCAAUUGGCGGAAACGGUUUUUUCUUUACAAAAUUCAUUCGGCGAAGUGUGCCUUUCUCGAGACUUCAAAAUCGCACUUCUCGACUAUAACAUCAAAGCCGAGCGGGAGAAGUUUGAACAAGGGACCUUUGAAUGUGGUGUAUGUCUCGAGCCCAAGAAGGGUACUGUCUGCUACCGAUUACUUCGUUGCUCCCACGUAUUCUGCGUCCAAUGCUUGCAGGACUUCUACAAUAACUGCAUCUCCGAAGGCGAUGUAGAUAGUGUGAAGUGUGUGGCGCCGAAUUGCGAGGUCAACAAAAGACCACCCGCUGUCCAAGGGGAAACGCAGACUCCACCCCGCAAAAAGCGCGAUCGCACUCUUGGGCCAAGCGAACUACUCCAGAUCCCCCUUGCGCCAGACGUGGUACAACGAUACGCAUAUUUGAAACGAAAGAAGAAAAUAGAAGCCGAUAAAACAACCGUCUACUGCCCACGACAAUGGUGCCAGGGAGCAGCCAGAUCCAAGAAACACCCCAAACCAGAUGACCCAAUGUUAGAUGACACAGAUGCGUCUGAUGAUGAUGAAGAAGAUGCAGCCGAAGAACCCCCAACACUGACUGAAGAAGAUGACGAGCUUCCUCCCGUGGCCGAACGCGUUGCCAUUUGCGAAGACUGCAAUUACGCAUUCUGCUCUGUUUGCAAAAAAGGCUGGCACGGCGAACUAGUCCGCUGCUUCCCACGCCGCGAAGACGGCGAGCAAACAGCCGAAGAAAAAGCCACAGAAGAAUACCUCCGUCUAUACACAACCCCCUGCCCAACCUGUAAUAUCCCCUGCCAAAAGCAAAUGGGUUGCAAUCACAUGCGCUGUUUCCAAUGCGAUACUCACUUCUGCUACCUCUGCUCCGCAUGGCUCUCAGCAGACAACCCAUAUACCCACUUCAACAACCCAGCUGGCCAAUGCUUCAACCGCCUCUGGGAUCUGGAAGGCGGCGACGGUAUCAACCCUGAUGGAGCGGAAGCCCUCCACCGCAUCCCGGAUGCACUCCUUCACUUCGACGACGAGCCCCCAGCCAUCAUCAUCCCCGCGGAAGAUAGCGAUGACGAUAAUUUGGCUUUCGAGUUCGAUAACGAGCGCGAAAUUCACCACGGCCCUCCGCCUCCUGCUCCCGCCCCUCCACACGCUUUCCGCCCUGACCAUGCUGCGGCCCGUGCGGCUGCUGCGGAGCGUCGCGCUCAGGCUAGAGCUAUGAAUGAAGUUCGACGUCGAGAUGAUCAGCCUCACGGAGAACAUCCCAAUCAGCGACAAGGCGAGCCCAGACGUCCUGUGCGUCGAGUUCCUUUAGGUGAUGGCGAGAUAGCUGAUUUCGGGCUUGGUGGGAGGUGGAAUGGUCUUGAUCGAUUUGUGCAGCUUGCGUUGGAGGAUCGGGAGGAUGAGUGGGAUAGUGAUGAGUUGGAGGACUUUUGA